AUGUUGAACGCAGCCGAUAGUCCUCUAUACCCAGACUGUGAUACUUACUCACAGUUAUCCUGGAUGACACAUAUGAUGAGCAUAAAGGUUGAAAAUCACAUGUCAGAGAGAUGUUUUAAUCAGAUAUCUGAGAUGGUUCAAAAGGCUUUACCGAAGGAUAACAACUGCCCUGACAGCUUUUACAGUACGAAGAGAAAUCUGCGCGGUAAGUUGAUCGAGCCCCCGGGGAUCUCCACCUGCUGCACGAACUCGUUUAAGAGGAUUCCGAACCCAGGCGGGUACACGUGGAAGUUAACUCCGCCAACGGUGCAGGAGUUGUAUUUUGAGGAAUUUAAGAAAGAGUUUACUUGGAACCCUGAUGAUGAGGCUGAUGUGAAAAACAUGUGGUUAGAAAAGGCCCGCAAAAGGUAUAGUGACAACAUGAGCGAGUAUAAGAGACAGCUCAAGCAGAAGACCGAGGCAGGGGAGAUCAUGGAGACACCGCUGGGCAUGUCCGACACCUUUUGGACGGGACUAAAGGCAUACUGGGAUCAAGAUGAGGUUAAGGCCGUUUCUAGGCGCGCACGUGAGAACCGAUACUCUGAGCCCGAUGGAGUUGGUACAGGGAUCAGUCGGCACGUUGGAGGGUCUCAGUCGAGUCGUAUUCUGCAGCAGAGUCUGCUCGUGGAUGGUGAAGUCCCCCCAACUGCAUCUAACUACAACACUUUCCUCCGCCCACACAUGUACGCAGAUGGAACUUUUGUGUCAGAAAAGGAUGCCAACCUUGAUGCUGAGAUUCAUCGUGUUGCUGCUGAGACAGGACGAGAGGACCGACUCGAUGAGGUCUACUUGGAGCUCGUACGUCCCGGUAGGUCACGACUGUACGGCACUGGAAGUGCCGGCGUGAGCCAGUUCAGUAGGGGGUUUACCAACAGUACAUGCUCUUCCCAGAUGUCUCAGCGGAUGUAUGAGACUCGGAUCUCCACACUGGAGGAGCGUCUCCAAAAGGCUGAGGAGGAUAGGGCGGCCCAAGAAGCAGCACGUGAGGCCGAACAAGCAGCACGUGAGGCCCUUGAGCAGCGGAUGAGUCAGUUCGAGGAGAUACUGAGGCGGUCGGGUCAGCUACCUUGA